ACAACACAUUUCGUCGUUUCACCUUAAUCUUCUACUAAAAUGGACAAUACAAAAGCUCCCGUCAAACUCGCCAAAGUCAUUAAGGUUCUUGGAAGGACAGGCUCUCGCGGAGGUGUCACUCAAGUCCGUGUAGAAUUCAUGGACGACACAACAAGAACGAUCAUACGGAACGUGAAAGGUCCUGUGCGUGAGCAGGACAUUCUUGCUCUCCUUGAGUCUGAGCGUGAGGCUCGCCGUCUACGGUGAUCUAGCACUAGUGAUCUACUCAUUUUCCUUUUCGACAUACGUCUGCGCGUGUAAAACUAUGGGCACAUUCACCUCAAUUGAUACACAUGCAUUUUUCCUGCUUUGUUCAUUGAACAUUGAACAUCUCAUGGCGAACCUUGAGUAUGUACUUAAACCCGCC